GAGCUCUCGGUCUGUCUAGCGAGUCGCCUGAAUGAAACAGUGGAGCGACGCCACUUCCAGUGAAGCAUUACAGUGGCGACAAACUCGAUUGCUGCCUUCAUCUGCGUCGUUUUUCUUUUUUACCCUUGAACUGUUAAACAGCGCGCCGUGUGCUGGACGUGACACACCAGCAUGGACCCACGAAAAGUGACAGAGCUGAAGGGCUUCGUAAAGAUGUGCGAGUCCAAUCCAGGGAUCCUGCAUCUUCCAGAGAUGAGCUUCUUCCGCACUUGGCUGCUUGAGAUGGGUGCAACAAUCCCUCCCCCAGCCAAGAACAAGGACUCAUGCCAGGGUGGCUGUCCUUGUGGUCCUUCCCCAACAGCAGCAUCACCUCCAGAGCCUGAGGCUCCUGUCCUGUCAGAGAGCGAGGAGAGUGAAAUAGAAAUUGACAACGAUGGGGUGAUUGAACCAGACACAGACGAGCCGCAGGAAAUGGGCGAGUUUGACACCGCCGAGGUCACAGAAGAGAUGAUGGAUCAAGCCAAUGAGAAGAAGAUAGAGGCUAUUAAUGCUCUGGGAGACGGUGAUCUGCAGAAAGCUCUGGAUCUUUUCACUGAAGCCAUCAAGCUGAACCCCCGUGUAGCCAUCCUUUACGCAAAGAGGGCAAGCGUCUUCAUAAAGAUGCAGAAACCUAAUGCAGCCAUUAGAGACUGUGACAGAGCCAUCAGCAUCAACCCAGACUCAGCGCAGCCCUAUAAGUGGAGGGGAAAAGCUCACAGGCUGCUCGGUCGCUGGGAGGAGGCAGCCAAAGACCUGGCAACAGCCUGUAAACUGGACUAUGAUGAGGAUGCCAGUGCAUUGCUGAAGGAGGUCCAGCCAAAGGCUAACAAAAUCAUUGAACACAGACGCAAGUACGAGCGCAAGAGGGAAGAGAAAGAGAUUAGGGAGAAACAAGAGCGGGUAAAAAAAGCCAGAGAGGAACAUGCACGCGCUCAGAGGGAAGAGGAAGCACGGCAGUUUGGAGGAGGAUUCUUCCCAGGCCCUGCUGGAUUCCCAGGUGGAGCCCCUCCUGGAAUGCCCGGUCUCGCUGAGCUCUUUAAGGAUCCUGAGCUCCUCAACGCCAUGAAGGACCCUGAUGUGAUGGCUGCCUUCCAGGAUGUGGCACAGAACCCAGCCAACAUCUCCAAGUAUCAGCAUAACCCUAAAAUCAUGGCCCUCAUCACCAAGCUGAGUUCCAAAUACGGAGGCGCUUCACAGCCAUAGACCAGGAGGGGACCAGAACUGAGCGGAUGCGUGGUGAAGCACUCUGGAGAGCGAUGCUUUUUAACAAAUUUUCACUGUGUAGUUCAGACAGGAGGGACAGAUGAUGGCUUACCUGGUGUGAUGUAGAGAAAGUUGGGGAAACUUCUUAAUGUUCUUUAUCAGCCUGUUAGCACUCAGCAACAUCCAUUAAAAUAACCCCAUGGUUAGGAGUCAGGUUAGAGAAAACCCACCUGACCCACCUCGGCUGGGAUUUUAUGUUACCACAGGUUGUCCUCUCUUAGUCUGUAUCUGGAACAGCCACACUGGAAUUUCUCCCAUUACAAUGCUAGCAUUUCUAUCGCCAUUUAAUACAUAAUAAUGGUUUAACCUCUGGUUUUCUCUGUUGAACUAAGCCAAGCUCUCACUCUUGGCACCUUUUGUUAUCAGAUCUGUUAUAAAUGCAAAAAAAAUAUGAUAAUCUCUCUUGAUGUUUGAUUUUGUUGAAGAAUGAUUCACAAUAAAAACCUUUGUUGAUUCAGA